CUUACAACCGGGGACCAAUCAAAGAAACUUUCCUGGGAAACUCCAUGUCAAGUGUCAUCAUCACAUAAUGGUUACAGUGUUUGGGUUGACAGGACGAAAACGAGACAAACAAUAGAAGGAUUUGGCGCGGCGCUCACUAAUUCUGCUGCUUAUGUAAUUUAUCACAGUUCCGUUCGACAUCAAAUAUUGCGAGAUUUAUUCGGAAGCGGGGAAAAUGAAAUUGGUGUAAGUUAUUUGCGGCUACCAAUGGGAUGUUCUGAUUUAAAUGCUGUUGCACCUUACACGUAUAAUGAUAUUCCGAGUGGACAAACGGAUUUCAAUCUUAACCAGUUCAGCAUCAACAAAGAUCGUGCAUUUGUUAUACCAGUUUUAAAAGAAGCCUUAUCGAUCAACCCGAACUUAAAAAUCAUGGCCACUCCUUGGUCAGCUCCAGCUUGGAUGAAGAACAAUCGUAACCUAAAUGGUGGAGACUUUAUUGAUAGUUGGAACUACUGGCAUACAUAUGCUCAAUAUUUUGUAAAGUUUAUUGAAGCUUACAGAUCAGAAGGUAUAAAUAUUGAAUCACUUACUGUUCAAAAUGAGCCACUGCUGUCACGUGAUGACUACCCGACAAUGAAAAUGAGCGCUGACCAACAGACGGCUUUUAUCAGAGAUCAUUUAGGACCGUUGUUUAAACAACGUGACAUUCACACCAAAAUUCUUGCCUUCGAUCACAACUGGUCAGAUUCAUGGUACCCAGAGCAAGUUGUAAGCGACGGCAAUGCAAAGCAGUAUAUUUCUGGGGUAGCCUGGCACGGAUAUGAUGGAAGACACGACACACCGAGUGCAUUUCAUGACAAAUUUUCAGAUGUUGAUAAUUAUUUCACGGAGAUAUCUGGUGGAUCAUGGGAUACAAAUUUUGCUAGUAUUCUGACUUGGGAUAUGAGAAUAAUCUUUAUUGGUCAAACAAGGAACUGGGCAAAAACUGCACUCCUAUGGAGCAUUGCCCUUGAUCAGAAUCAUGGACCAAAGGUAGCAAACCUUGGAGGAUGCGAUGAUUGUCGAGGUGUAAUUACAGUGCAGAACAACAACUACACAAAGAACGCGGAAUAUUAUGCUCUAGGUCACAUGAGCAAGUUUGUCAAGCCUGGUGCAGUACGUCUAGAAUCAAACUACAUCAGUUGGGAUGACCUUCGGACGGCUGCGUUUGUAAAUACAGAUGGUAGCACUGUUAUUGUCGUUUCCAACCCAAGCUCGAGCAAGUCUGCAACCUUUUCGCUAGAUAUUGAUGCCAAGCAUUACCAAUAUAAUAACUUACCUCCGCAGUCUGUAGUUACAUUUGUGAAGGAAGUACAGAAUUAAAAUAGACUCAUAGUCAUAUACAUAUAGUACUAUUAAUUUUUAUAGCUGAACAAAAGUUGUUUUCUUUUUUUACUGAAAAAAAAAGCUUGGCACAUACUUUCUCUCCAGAAAACACAACAACUUUGCUCUCUAUUUGUAGCAGGAGAAGGCUACUCCCGAGGCGAGAUGUUGUUGUGUUAGCAAGUUUUUCUAUCUAUUUGUACGCUACUUUAUUUAUGUAGAGACAAGGCCUCAAAAUAUAGUAAAUUAUCGAUUGUAUAGAUUUACAUUUUCAGCUAUAUAUUUUGUUUGGUCCUAUCUGGGAUACAUUGUCCCAGGCCCAAUCCAUAUAUUCCGUUCUAGACUUGGAAUUUAAGUGUCACUAAGAACUAUCAUGACGCACAAUAAAAUUGUCUAAGCAUUAUUAUAUUUCUUAAAGUCUUAACAUUAGAUAUUAAGUAGUACAUGUACGUGAUACUGCCUUGUGAACUUAUAGAAGAAAAGUAAUAAUAUGAC